AUGACUUUGAAUCUUGUUCAACCAAAAAAUAUACUUGCCACAUUGAAAAGGAAGGAACCUGACAAUGUAUCGAAUAUAAAGCAAGUGUAUAAUCAACGAUAUCGCAAUAAUAAGGAGAGUAGGAGAGAUAUGAGUGAGAUACAACAACUGUUGAAAAUGUUGGAUGAUAACAAAUAUGUGUCGCGGUGGGCAUUGGAGGCGUGUCCAUCACUUUUGAAGAAAAAAUUCGAGAUGCCUAAGGCGAUUGUCACGGAUCGCGACACCACUUUGAUGAAUGCGUAUGUUGAAACCACCAUUCUUGACAAGGGGAAGGAGAAGUUUGUUUGUGUAUGGACUAAUAAUGUCCGACACCUUGGGAAUAAAACCACCAAUAGAGUUGAGUCGGCACAUGCUACUUUGAAAAAUUGGUUGCGUACUAGCAAAGGUGAUUUGUGUAGAGGUUGGGACACCGUAAAUCUCAUGAUUUCGAACCAACACAACGGGAUACAAACCUCAUUCGGUCGGAGCAUUACGGUGUUGGAGCAUCGAUUUAAGGACGACAUCCUUUACUCUCAAUUGAUCGGCAAUAUGUCUCGGGACGGAUUGAACUAUAUCAUUCACGAGGCCAAACGAGGUGAAACUUUUGGUGGCGAUAGCGCAAAGUGUGGUUACAAUAUUACUAGCACGUAUGGUCUCCCGUGUGCUUGUGUUAUUUGUAAAAAGGUGAGAUUAGGUGAGCCAAUAAGAAUGGAUGAAGUCACUCCUCAUUGGAAGAAACUUAGUUUUGAUGAUGAUGGUUGCAUUGAAGAAAAUGAAACCAUAAAGACUCGUACACGCGGGUAUUUGGAGACGACACCAAAUUGA